UGAUGAUUUGUUUUAUAAGUUUUUUUUUUGAUUUCAAAUGUUUUGAAAACCGAUUCAUAAGAAAACAUAUGAUUUGUUUGCCGUACGGACUGUAAGACCAAGUGAUGGACGUAUUGUUACAGAUAGUGAUCAAUUUGGUGAUGUCUGCGAUGGCCUAUUACGGCACGUAUACAGUCAUACCGCAAGUGCGGCACCUCUUCAUCAAAGCCAACCUCUUUGGCGUCGAUCUCUGCAAACAAAACAAAGACAUCAAAGUGGCCGAAUCUCAGGGCGUGAUCGCCGGCUGUGUAUACCUUGUGGUGAUGUUCCUCUUUAUUCCGGUGCCGUUCGCCACCGGCGGCCGACCCCUCGGCUACGAAUGGCUGUUCAGUCUCGAGGACUUCCGGCACGAAGUGUUCGCGCAAUUCAUCUGUGCCUUACUGUCCAUCUGUUGUAUGAUAUUCUUGGGCUUCGCGGACGACGUGCUGGACCUCCGAUGGCGUACGAAACUACUGUUGCCGACGAUCGCAACGCUGCCUCUGCUGAUGGUCUACGGCGUGACCUAUAAUAACACGACAAUUGUGGUGCCGAAGCCGUUCCGCGCGGCCCUCGGCUACAGCCUAUGGUUGGGUCCGCUUUACUACAUCUAUAUGGGAAUGUUAGCCGUGUUUUGCACCAACGCUAUCAAUAUCGUGGCCGGCAUUAACGGCAUUGAGGCCGGACAGGGGCUGGUGAUCGCGCUGUCCAUUAUCACGUACAACGUGGUCGAGUUGGUGGCGUCGGAUCAAUGGCAGUGCCAUCUCUUUUCGCUGUACUUUAUGGUGCCGUUCGUGUCGGUCACCGCAGCCCUACUCUACCAUAACUGGUACCCCUCGCGGGUGUUCGUCGGCGACACGUAUUGCUAUUUCGCGGGCAUGACGUUCGCUGUGGUGGGCAUUCUCGGCCACUUCUCAAAGACUAUGCUCUUGUUUUUCAUACCACAAGUGUUUAACUUUCUCUACUCGUGUCCGCAAUUGUUUAAAUUUGUCGACUGUCCCCGUCAUCGGCUCCCGAAAUACGAUCCGAAAACAGACACCAUUUUUGUGUCCACUUUUCGACUAAAGACCAGCGAAACGAAACCAUUGGGUCGUCUAUUCAUUAAAAUACUCCGUAUAUUACGAUUAGUGCAAUACAAGCCUAUAGGGGCUGUGAAUGGGUCGGCCACCGCUGACACCUACGAGUGCUCUAACUUAACGAUAAUAAACCUAAUUCUAGUCAAAUUGGGACCAAUGCAUGAGAAACGGGUGACUUGUGUUUUGCUGGCACUGCAGGUGCUGUGCAGUUGUCUCGGCUUUUUCAUCCGUUACGGCAUUAGUAAAAUAUUUUAUUAG